UCUUUUAUAAUAAUCGAUAAAUAUAUUUAUUCAUAAAUUAUAGAACAUUCCUUUACCAAUGUUACCAAGCAUGGACACGAGUCAUUAUAUGAGAACACCUCAUCAAUGGAUCCAAAGAGUAACUACACCUGGGCAAAUACAUAUACCAGUCUCUUCAUCUACUCAACCAGUUUACAGAUCUCUUCAAACAACACGCACAAGUAUUAUUAAUCAGAGACCUCAACAGGUGAAUCCCACACCUAUCCCAGUUUAUCAACGUCCUUUAGAACUCUAUACCGAUCCAUCUCAAAUUCGUAAAAAUACUCAAGGUGUCGACUUCAAUAAUUUAAUAUUACUGACAAAAAAUGCAAUGAAAGUUCGAAGAAGUUCUUCGAGAAAUCGACAACAAUCUAAACAGUCUAAUAAAAAGACUGAACAGAACGUGUUUCAAUGGUUGAAUAAAAGUUGUCCAAAGAAAACUAAAGAACUUAUAAGUAUGAACACAGUAGUAACGGAAUUACAAAGUUUUGAAGAGAAAUGUGAUCACGGUAAAGUUGCAUCUGGAUGGAAAACCAAUGAACCAUUGCGACAACAACAAAUCACGGAACAUUUGAAAUCAAACGCAUGGACUAUGAUGGAGAACACUGAUACAACAACGAUAUCCAGUAACGAAACAGAUAUGGAAGGGGAUUUGACACAAAAUAAGAAACGUCUUUACAGAGAUGUGUUAACACACACAUUAACCCUAUCACAUAUAAAAUUAAAGAUUUAAAUAAUCAAGAAAUUAUUAAAUUCUUUUACAACU